AUGCAGCUGUCAGCCAUAUUCGCCAUCGCGCUGGCAGCCGCCGCCGCCUCCCUCAUCUACAGCCGCGUCCGCGACGCCCUCCGCCAUGCCGCCCGUGCACGUGAGCUCGGCUGCAAGCCGCCCGUCCGGGGCUUCUCCUCCGAGCCCACGGGGCUUUUGGGGGUGUUCUAUGGGAUCCGGGCGUCUCGCAAGCAUCGAUUUCCCGACUUUGUCGAGGAGCAGAUGGAAGCCCUUCAGCAGCAUGUCGGGCGGCCAGUCGGGACUGUUACCAUGAGAACGCCCUUUUUCCAAGAUUCCAUCUUCACGCUGGAUCCCAGGAAUGUCCAGGCCAUCUUGGCUACCAAAUUCAAAGACUUCAAGCUCGGGGUCAACAGGACGGAAAACUUUCGACCCCUGCUCGGGAAUGGAAUUUUCGCCGCCAACGGGGAGCAAUGGCAGCACUCGAGAGCACUGCUCCGACCUCAGUUUGUGAGAAGCCAGGUCAGCGAUCUGGACCUCGAGGAGGCCCACGUCAAGGCUCUGAUGACGGUGCUGGAGCGCCACCUGCUCCGAGACGGCUGGACAACCCUGCUGGACUUGCAAGAGCUCUUCUUCCGCCUCACGCUCGACUCGGCCACCGAGUUCCUCUUUGGCGAGAGUGUAAAUAGCCAGCUCGAGCACGGCGCCCAGGGCCCCGCGGCCAAGGGCAACGUCAGCUUCGCGCAGGCCUUUGACAGCUCGCAGUUUACGCUGUCGUUUGGUGCGCGGCUGGGCUCGCAGUACUGGCUGGUGCACACGCCCGCGUUUAAGAAGCAAGUCGCCAGGGUCCAUACUUUUGUCAAUCACUUUGUCGAGAUUGCCAUGGUGCAGGGGAGUGGCGAGAAGAGGCAGGGGUCGGAAAAGGGAGACUAUGUCUUCCUGUAUGCGCUUGCGCGCGAGACUCAAGAUCCGGAGGAGCUGCGAUCCCAACUCCUCAACAUCCUGCUCGCCGGCCGAGACACGACGGCUUCCACGUUGAGCUGGCUUUUCUACACAAUGGCCGAUGCCCAAUACCAGCACAUCUUCCAGCGGCUAAGAGGGGUCAUCGUCGAUGAGUUCGGCACCUACUCCAACCCCAAGGACAUCUCCUUUGAGCGGAUGAAGAGCUGCCAGUAUCUGCAGUGGUGUAUCAACGAGUGCCUAAGGCUUUACCCGGCUGUCAGCGUCAAUGUGCGGACGGCAGAGACAGACACGUGCCUCCCCACGGGCGGCGGACCCGACGGCCUGGACCCCGUCUACGUCCAGAAGGGACAGGACGUCGCCUACUCGGUCCAUGUGAUGCACCGACGAAAAGACCUCUGGGGCCCGGAUGCGCAUGUCUUCCGGCCAGAGCGGUGGCAGGACCGGCGGCCGGGCUGGGACUACCUGCCGUUCAACGGGGGGCCUCGGAUCUGCAUCGGGCAACAGUUUGCCCUGACGGAGAUUGCCUACGUCGUCAUCCGGCUGAUGCAGAGGAUCGACGCCAUGGACGGGUCGAGGAUAGGCCCCGUCAAGCACAGGCUGACGCUGACGAACUGCCCGGCGGACGGGGUCAACGUAAGGCUGCACUUUGCCGCGAGCUGA